UGCAAAAAAUGGUAACAAUCAGUCACACAUACAACAUACACGAACCACAUAGGAAAUAUUCACUAAACACGCCAAAUUGGAUUGAACAAUGUUUGACCUGGAGCUCAGUGAGCGUGCAGAGAAUUCAAGUGCAAAUGAGACGCUGAACCGGGUGCGACGUACCAUAAACUUUGUGCACACUUGGAAUGACAGCCAUUGCUACCGCCACGAUGCAAUGWCSGCCAGCAGCCGCGAGAUGUGCGAGUUCGUCAGAGGAAAAGCGAGCUGCUCCUAUUACGUGGAGACUGUAAACCUACUGCAGCUCUACUUCUGCACCUUCCACUUGAGCUGGGACACUAGCGUUAUCUUCCUGUUGGGCAUUGUUUACCUGGCCCUUUUUUAUUCCGUGUACAUGAUAACAAAGUAUUUCUGCGUGCCCAACUAUGUGACCCUGCUGGAACUGCUGCCCGUAUCCGAGUACACAUAUGGCUAUGUGUUCAUCGGGCUCUAUCUAUUGCUGCCCGACUACAUAGACUUUGUGAUGAACUGCUCGUACCACAAAAAUGCAGAGGGCACAUUGACGUUUAGCAAAAUGAUGGGCGACAACCUUCGCUUCUUUGUCGCAGGGAUCAUGAUGCUGUGCAACCGCGGCUACCAAGUGAAUGGCAUGCUCUGGUGGACCAAUAUGAGCAUCAUCCUAAUUGGCUACAUCUACAUGACCUUUGUGGUGGACCUGAAGUACAGAGCGUUUGGCGCACCCAAUCUCCUCUAUAGCGACGCCGCUGCGCUGACCUUCAAUGCCAAUACGUUUCUGUCUCUGUUUCUGCUCAUUCUCAGCUUGGCCCUGCUCCUCUCGUACCACAACCAAAACCGGGCGAGUCUAUCAUCUACUGAGGCAGCGAGUGUGGAUGCAGAGGUAGCUCAGGUGUCCAGCGAUACGGACAUGGAGAAACAAACUCCCAUAUACGAGGAGCUCAGCGCAUUUCGGAUCUGGUGGAGCUCUGUGAACGGCUAUGCAAACAUGACGGAGCGGUAUAAAGCCUUGACUAUCCUAUUUGUUCCCGGCUACUUCCUGCUGGCCAACGUAAUACCCGUAAUGAGCAGGGAUCGCCCCAUGUUUGGCUGGUGCAAGAUUAUCAAUAUAUUUGGCUUUUUGGUCGCUCCUUUUUUGCUGAUCAAAAUGGGGACCGAUACCACGGCGUUCCUUGUGCUGUGGGGCAUCACCUGGUUCAUUGCGGUGGUCGUGCUGGUCGCAUUCCACCCGCGGCGACAACCGGGCCGUUUCCUGAUCUGCGUCUACUCCGCCCUUGGCGCGAUCAACAGCAACAACAUCUUGUUUCAGCUCUCAGACGAGAUCAACAACCUCACCUGGCAGUACAUGACCAUGCGCUUCGAGUUUUUGGGCGAGACGGUGUGCAUCCUGUUCUUCAGCACUGGCGAGGUUUUAUGGCUCAUCGUGCUGCUCCACAACCUGACCGARCGUAAUCUACAGGACGCAGCUUUCGGWGCAGUCUUGGGCGUGGUCACCCACAACAUAUACAUGACUCUACCCUUGCUCGUCCUUCACCACUGCUAUACGUCCGAUAGCUAUUUCGUGUUCACCGCCAAAUUGCAGAAUUGUUAUAUAUUCUUUCUGGUCCUCUUUUUUGGUGUCCUGUUUCACGUGUCGAUGAGCUCGCAUGAGCUCCGCCUGUCGCUCUUCUUCUAUAUAGUCGCCAUGACCACCACAUUCAUUUUGUUCGAGUUUGCAGCCUUUUACAAAUGGGUGCACCACUUUGGCUCACUCACUUUCAUCAAGCCACCCAGGGAUCAAAUUGACCGCUGGGCCUAAGGCCCCAUGCACUUAUAUUGGACAAUGGACGCAAGCCAACGGAAAGGAAAGAAAGUAAAACAUGGAUAGCUCUAUAUUUCUAUCACUUCGGUUAAGGACAAUCCGUUUCUUCUUGACGAAUGGGCUUCACAAAUAGUUUAGAACCAAAGUCCCAAAGCCAACCCAGAAAAUACUUGAACUGCAUUACUA